GGAUCUUUAUAGUGUCACACCUGCUGUGACACGGAACCUCGGUUUUUGCGGUCUCAUCCGAAGGACCGUCCCAUUUAGUCGCCUCUUACGACAAGCAAGGGGGUACUGAGGACUUAAGACUUUUUAAAGUAAUCGAUUAACAAGUUAGAACAAACAAGUAUAAUUAAAACUGUAUACCCUAUCUACAGUUUAUUCACAAAUGAAAGUGUAGAUUAAAACUGUCAAAUGUUCAUUAGAAUGUAAUAUCGUCAUUUGUAACAGUCACUUAUCUUUCUCCUUUUUUGACUAAUGUGUAAUCAUUGUCGGAUGAGAGAAACUUACAGAAGUUUACCCCCCCUUCCCCUAACUAUUUGAAUUUAGAUUUAAAUUUUCAAAUUUAAGGUAAAUCGUGGUAUCUUGUCUAGUAAAAUGUAUUAAACGAUAUAAGAAGCAAUAAUUUCUUCCACUCCCGGAGAAAUAAAUGACAAAAUCUUUUGAUUUCUUGAAUUACUUUGAUGGGAUAACUUAAUUCUUUCCAUAAAACCCUAAUAUUUGCGUCAUUUUAUUAAUUUCACCUCAUAAAAAAUGAUAGAAAAUAGUACAAAUGACUAAAUAAGAGACAUAUUUCAAGCACUGUAAAAUCCAGGAGCUUCCGGUGGCUUCACCCCCUGGGCCCCUACCAGGGCUUCGCCCUGGACCCACUGGGGGCCUAAAGGCGGCCCCCAGACCCCCUGCCUCAUAAUGGGCCACUCCCGUAACCGCAAUUCCUGGAGCCGCCCCUGACUUUAUUUAUUUCUUACAUUUUUAAUAUUUGAGCUAAUUAGGGUUUAAUUAGUAAUCUUAAUUAGUAAAAAGUCCCAACAAUUUUCUUUGCCUUCUUCAUCGUAAACACAUUUCUUUACGAAAUAUUAUUCGACAUACAUGUACGACCUAUCUUUCUAUCAGGGGCAAGUAACUCGUGGGUCACCUGCUUUUCAGGGAUACCAUCUAGUCAUCACCGACCAAACGACAACCUACUUCUGAGUGAUCUGAACUAGCAUGCACCUUUACACCCACCAAUACGUCACAUUUGAUAACAGAUCACGCGGACGCAGAUCAAACAAGUAACUGAAAUAUAUUUGUUGUCGAUCAGAACUUUGUGAAGAACACAGGGAACUGACUGUUUAUGAUAAAAAGGAUAUACAGUUAUCAAAGACGACACAUUCAGAUUAGAAUAUAAUGGCAAGCUCUGUUUAUUCAUCAACACCAGAGACAACGAAUGCUAACAGAACUUACCGUGUUGUACUUGGGCCCUGUACAGAUGGACUCCGGGACACACUACGUCACUACGUCCCGCCACACACAUUCCCCCAUGUUGUCAAACUAAACAAACUCAAUCUUCCUCCAUCACUGACGGCAGUUCAGCGAAACCUCAUUUUACCAAAACUUGGAAAUUAUACAGGACGAUAUGAUGACAUGGACAUCUCAUUAUUGUAUAUCUUAUUGCGAAACAUAACCAACAUAUCUCCUCACUCUAAAGGCUGGGGCAACGAUCCCGACUCCCGUGACUCGAGUCUAUCGGCCAACGUCGAGAGAAUUCGAUUGGUCCGGAAUCGUUGUGUUCACUCAUGUGAUCUAUCCAUGUCAAACGUGGACUUUAACUCCAUCUGGUCCACUAUUAGAUCAGUUAUGGUGGAUCUGGAUGCCUUCCUUGUGAAUGGAAACAAAUAUGAAAAGGAGGUCGAUUUCCUACGUCACGAGUCGAUGGACCCUGAAAAUGAGCUACAGUACGAAGAAGAACUGAGGAAGCAGGUGGAAGAAGAUACCAAGACGAGGGAAAUGGUGGUCAACCUUAAGAGGAGGAUAGAAGACACAUCAGAGAGAGUGGAGAAGUUGGAUGUUAAAAUGGCGAAACUGACAGAGUCCCCAAUUCCCCCAAAUGUGAGAGACCAAUACAAUAUUGAUGUUCAGAAAUGGAAAGAGGAAGACAAGCUUUACUAUGAAACCCACAGCUUCUCGUCAAUGAUGGAGAAAGUCAGGAACCAACCUUACGUAACAUUUGUUGGUGUGCCUGGGUCUGGGAAGUCUGCCACGGCUCAUCACAUCGCCCUCAAGCUCCAGGAGGAAGGUUACGAGGUUGUACCAACCAAAGACGUCAGGAAGAUGGAGGACUAUGGUGACCCUAGAAAUCCGCAGGUUUUUGUUAUUGAUGAUGUGGUGGGUGUCUUUGGCCUCCAGAAAUCUAAUGUAGAUGUGUUGACUAAUUAUGAACAAAAAAUAACAGAUCCUUGCAUGGUUAAGUCUAAAACUUUGAUGACAUGUAGAGAGGCUGUGUUCAAUGAGACACUACCUUACAAACCAUUCCUUACCAAAGAAGAGGCUGUGAUUAAGUUACACAGUUCUGAUAAUGCAUUGAAUGACAAAGACAAAAAACAGAUUCUCAAGAAGUAUGGUUUAAAUGCAGAUCUAAUGUUGCCUGCAUUGCUGACAUCAACAUCUCGCAUGUUUCCUCUUCUCUGUAAAUUGUUCUCAAAGGAAACAAAAUUCCAAACUCUUGGUUCAAAGUUUUUCCUGAAUCCAGUCGAAUGUAUCCUUGAUGAACUUGAUGCUAUGCAAAAACAUAACAAACUGAAUUAUGCCACACUUGUUUUGUGUAUGCUAAAUGAAAACAGACUCUCAAAAGACAUUUUAAAGGAUAAAAAAUUUAAUAAUAAGAAAAUAAAAUUUAAUGUUUCAGAAAAUUGUACAUUAAAACACUACAGUGAUACUAAGUUUAAUAAAAAAAAUGAAUAUUUCAUGAAUAUGAAAAGCGACACUUUGGAAAAUUGUGAAUUAGAAAGUCAGACCGAUGCAUUCAAGUUUGUGAAAGCUUUGUCAGCAAUGGAGGGGACAUACACAAAACAGUGUGGUGAGCAAUACACAUUUAUACAUGACUCCAUGUUUGAAAUCUGUGCUUAUCAGUAUGGCAAACAGUUUCCUGAUCAAAUGUUGCGGUGUAUGAGUAGUAGUUAUAUUGCUAAUUAUGUCAAACCAGAGACAAGGGAACCAGGUGUUGUUAACAAAACGAAAGUGAAAAUGAAUGAUUCUCAAUCUAGAACGGGGCAUAAUUGUAGCAAUGAUAAUGAUGUAAAAAAGGAGAGCGAUGAUAAAAACAAUGAGAGAGAGGAAUCGUUUGAUCUGUGUAUAAGGUUACGUGAGGAUCAGUACCCACUGUUAGCAAAGAGAUUGUACAGAGACAUACAGAACAUGGAGCUGUAUGAUGUUUUCAGUAAUCAGGUUUUAAAACAUCCCCAGGUGUGUCAGGCUUUUAUUGGUGUGUUAAAGACAAAGUCAUACACAGAAUUAAAAUCUGUAUUUCUGUCCAGUCAGGGAAAGGUAGAUAAGAUAGUGCGUAAACGAACGAAUGUGAUGAAGGAGAGUGAGAAGUUGAGUGAGAGGGAGAGACAGGUGGUACUGAUUGAUCAGAGGAAGAAACGAGAUGAUAAAGAAGAAAUAGUAGAUGUUGAAUACACGUACAAUGUGAGAGUGAUCAGCUGGGUGAUUUACUAUGGACAUUAUGGUAUAAUAAAGUACAUAGUACAACAGACAAAAAAAGAAAAUGAAAUAAGUGAAUUAUUUAGGAUUACAGGAAAAAAUGACCUUGAAGAACAAUCUGGACCUGGGAUAUUUGAAAAUAUUUGGAAUAUGAUUACUAAUCAAAUACAAAAGAUGUUAGAGAAGUUAGGUACAAGCAAUGAACAGGAAAGUGAAAUCAAUAGGCUAGUAGAAGAGUGUAGAUUACUUCUGCUGAGUUGUUAUAGUGGUGAUGUACAUACAGUCAGAGUUAUGCUUCCCGUCUGUAAGAAAACGAUCAAUGGGAUAGGUCAGCAGGUCAUUAAAGGUACUUAUUGGUGUAAUUAUUCACCUCUUGCUGUUGCACGUAGAGAAAGGCAUGCAAGUAUAAUAGAGGAGCUGGUGAAGGCGGGGGCUGAUGUCAAUCUAUAGGAUAGAUGGGGGAAUACACCACUCUUAUAGCUGCAUCUGAGAGAGGACAUGUAAGUAUAGUGGAGGAGCUGGUGAAAACGGGGGCUGAUGUCAAUCUACAGAGUACCAGUAUAGUGGUGAAUGAUACACCAAUGAUAGCUGCAUGUUAUAGAAGACAUGUGAGUAUGGUGAAGGAGCUGGUGAAGGUAGGGGCUGAUGUCAAUCUACAGGGUAAGUACAGGAAUACACCACUGAUAGUGGCAUGUGAGGAAGGACAUAUGCGUGUGGUGAAGGAGCUGGUGAAGGCAGGGCCUUAUGUCAAUCUACAGGAUAAGUUCAGCAAUAAACCACUGAUAGCUGCAUGUAAGGAGAACAUGUGAGUGUGAUGAAGGAACUGGUGAAGGCGGCGGCUGAUGCCAAUCUACAGGGUAAUUACACCAAUACACCACUGAUAGCAGCAUGUAAGGGAGGACAUGUGAGUAUGGUGAAGGAGCUGGGAAAGGCGGGGGCUGAUGUCAUUCUACAGGAUAGAGAAGGGAAUACACCACUGAUAGCAGCAGUAAGAGGGGGUUCUUUAUCAACAGUGAAAUAUCUAGUGCAACAUGGAGCUGACAGGGUUUCUCAGGUUGUUGAUAUCAAAGUGUCAUCAGUAUAUACAGCAUUAAUGCUGAACAAACCAGAUAUAGUGAAAUAUCUCAUACAGGAACAAAAUAAAAUCAUUCCAGGUCAAUUUAAUGGAAAUGUACACCUAUUUAACUGUCUGAUGGACAUCAGACAUGCUGGAGUUAAAACAGACAGUAGGGAUGAUGAUGAUGAUGUGGUCACAGACAGAUCAGUGUGGUGUAUGGAUAGAGGGGGAGUUUUGUGGGAGACAAUCAGUAAGGGAGACUGUGAUGUACUGAGACGUCUGUUGUGUGUGGGUCUGGAUGUCAAUCAGUCGAUACAGUUGUAUGAUAAAUUCCACAGUAAGUCUGAUGUGAGACCUCUGUUGUAUACACUGAUUGAUGAUCAUGGUAUUUAUGUUAGUCACAGAAUGGAGAAGGUAAGGAUGUUGCUGGGGGCAGGGGUAGACGUCAAUGUCAGGGUGAGGUAUAGAGAGUAUGACUCUGUGUUAGACAGGGAGGGUGUGUCUGCUCUAGAGAGGAUGAGGUGACUGGUGUGUAAGUGCAGUGAUAGUGGAGAUUUGUAUGACAGUGUGUGCAGACUGCCAGAGUACAAGGAGUGAUGUGUGAGAUAAAGAAACAUGUCAGAAGACACUCUGUAUAGUCCCUGAUAGAAUUGUAGAGAGAUGUUACUGAGUACAAGAGAUAAAGAAACAUGUCAGAAGACACUCUGUAUAGUCCCUGAUGUAUACUUAGUAGAUGUACUCAGUAUAAGACCCCGAUAGGUUACCAGUAUCUUUGUACAUAAUGCUAUUUAAUGGAUUGUCCCGCAAAUCUCUCUCGUUACGUUUCCACUUGUCUGUGUACAAUGAUAAAACGUUGAACAUAUUCUGUGAUUAUUUUAUUAACAAAUAUAUCUUUAACAUUAAACGUUUGUAGAAUUCAGUUAUUUUCUAUUAAAUCAUUGUCUAACUCAUUGAUUAUAAUUAGGUGUACUUGUGUAUAUUGUUUAAUGUCUCUGUUUAUGUACUAUACAUGUUUAUUAUCCAUAGAAUCAGUAUCUAGUACUUCUGGUACAGUAUAUUGGACGAUUGAAAUAAAUAAUCAGAAACUUUA